UGAAAAUCUAUUUCAUAUAUUUAAUAUUUAGAAUAAUCUACUAUAUAUAGAAUUCCUCUUCUCUUUUUCUCUACUCAUAUCUAUCAUUGAUCAAUCAGUAAAAAACAACAUAAAAUCUCUUAAAAUACUUAGGGGUAUCCAAAAGUAGUGGCAACGACAUUUUAUUACCAUAUUUUAGGGUUGAUAAAAAAUUCUUUUUUACAUAGGAUGAUAGAGCGGAAAAUGCUCUUUCUUUCUAUGCUAUUUGGUCGUACUUCGCUUGACAUCAUAAUAACAAAAUUCUAAUAAAACUAGUUUGCCUAACAUGUGUAUCGGUCACAGAAGUUCAGUGUCUCCAAUAUGCAUUCUUUUCGUGAUCUUUUCUUUGUUUUUCUUCUUUCCUUUAUUCUUUUCUCUCGUCUCUUCUGACACUUUAUCGUUUAUCAUAUAAAUACAAAGAUGCAUGCCUCUUUUUGUGCACGUGCCAUGCACUAUUCUAUUUGAUAGAAAAUAAAAGAAGUAGAGUUAAAUCGGCUCAUAACACUCUUCAUUUUUGUUUUCAAUGAACACAGAAUUUUCGCUUCUACAUUAAAAUACGUACUGCACUAAAUAUUGAAGCAAGAACUAUUCACGACGAGCUGCAUACGGUUUUUGGUGAUGAAGCUCCUUCCUAUCGAACAGUUGCCAGAUGGACUCAAUGGUUUCGUGAAGGUCGAGAAGAAAUUGAAGAUGAAGAACGAUCUGGAAGACCUGUAACUGAGACUACUGUUGACAAUAUCGAAGAAAUUCGUAGUAUUGUUAACGAUGAUCCUCAUGUUACAAUAGCAGAACUACAGGAGCAUACUCAUCUAAGCUAUGGCACCGUUCAUCGAAUAUUAUCGGGUCAUCUGGAACUUAGAAAAAUUAUUGCUCGUUACAUACCCAAACAGCUAACGGAUUAUCAACGAAAUCAACGAGUUCGAAUAUGUAAAGAAAAUCUAUCAAGAUUUACAGAAGGAGGAUGGCGUUUGUCUGACGUGAUAACAGGUGAUGAAUCGUGGUUUUUCCAUCAGCAAACUGGUCGAAAAGUUUCCAAUGCUGCUUGGGUGGCAAAAGAUGAUCCUCCACCAACAUUAAUACGACGAAAUAAGUUUGCUUCUAAAUUUUUAUUUUGCAUUUUCUUUAAAUCAAUUGGUCCUCUUCUAAUCCAUCGUGUCGAACGUGAACAGACUAUCGAUCACCGUUAUUACAUCGAAAAUUGUUUGCAACCUGUGAUCGAAGAAAUUAAGAAACAAAGACCUUCCUCAGGUACUCAUGCUAUCAAACUUCAUCAUGAUAACGGACGAUCACAUGUUCAUCAAGAUGUCCUCGAUUAUCUUCGUUCAGAGGUAAUUACCAUAGUACCACAUCCGCCCAAUUCUCCAGAUCUAUCUCCCUGUGAUUUUUGGUUAUUCGACCUUAUCAAACGAAAUCUAACUGAUCAACCUAAUUCCGAAACGUUACAUCACACCAUAACUGAGUUUAUGUAUUCUUUGAAUAAAGAUGAGUAUAGAGAAACGUUUGAGCAAUGGAUUCAAAGAAUGCAGUUGUGUGUAGAUAAUCAAGGCGAUUACUUUGAACAUUUAAUCAAAUAAAACUUAUUGAACUUGCUCAUGUAUUUUCAAUUUUCGAGUAUGCCGAUAUGAAUAAACUAUAAAGUGUCAGAAGAGACGAGAGAAAAGAAUAAAGGAAAGAAGAAAAACAAAGAAAAGAUCACGAAAAGAAUGCAUAUUGGAGACACUGUGAACUUCUGU